CUCCGCCAUGUCUAGUAAGUGGGUAUUGCUCUGGCGCGCCUAGAUAUUUGCUGUUGUUAAAUAUUUUUGCCGCAAUGUUACAAGUUAAAAAUCGUUUGCAAUAUUGCUCAGUUGCAAUUGCUGCACAUAGACUACUAUAUGGACCAGUUAUGAAUCCAGUUGUCUUCUUGGACAUUGCUGCGGACGGCGAGUUUAUUGGAAGAAUCAUAAUCGAACUGAAUGCAGAUGUUGUUCCAAAAACGGCAGAGAACUUCAGGGCACUCUGUACCGGCGAGCACGGAUUUGGCUAUAAAGGCUCAGUGUUCCAUAGGAUUAUACCUGAGUUCAUGUGUCAGGGUGGAGAUUUCACAAAUCAUAAUGGCACUGGUGGAAAAUCUAUUUAUGGAAAGAAGUUCAAAGAUGAGAAUUUCAAGUUGAAACACACCGGACCAGGUGUGCUAUCAAUGGCAAACUCUGGGCCAAACACAAAUGGAUCUCAGUUUUUCAUCUGCACAACAAAAACAGAAUGGCUUGAUGACAAACAUGUUGUGUUUGGACAAGUAAAAGAUGGCAUGGAGACUGUUGCUGUAAUGGAGUCAUAUGGUCUACAUGAUGGAGGAACAGUUAAAAAGAUUGUCAUUACAGACUGUGGGGAACUUAAAGAACACUAGACAAUAUGUUGUAUGUC